AUGUCUACCACUGAAGUUGAAACUGAUUCGACAGGACAUUCCAAUGUCAUUGGCGUUGAUGAGAUGCAAAACUAUGGGAUUAACGCGUCAGACUUACAGAAAUUGAAGUCUAGUGGUAUAUUUACGAUAAACACUGUGCUUUCUACAACUAGAAGGAAUCUUGCCAAGAUCAAAGGUUUGAGUGAGGUGAAGGUGGAAAAGAUAAAAGAAGCUGCAGGGAAAAUUAUCAAGGUUGGAUUCAUUCCGGCUACUAUCCAACUCGACAUUAGACAAAAGGUUUUUGCGCUGUCGACGGGGUCGAAGCAGCUGGAUUCUGUGCUGGGUGGAGGAAUUAUGACGAUGAGUAUUACUGAAGUUUUUGGAGAGUUCAGGUGUGGUAAGACACAGAUGGCUCAUACACUCUGCAUUACAGCACAAUUGCCACGAGAAAUGGGUGGUGGUGAGGGUAAAGUAGCUUACAUCGAUACUGAGGGUACUUUCCGUCCAGAGAGAAUCAAGCAGAUCGCUGAACGGUACGGUUUGGACCCUGAAGCGUGUCUGGAGAAUAUAUCUUAUGCAAGAGCACUUAAUAGCGAGCAUCAGAUGGAACUUGCUGAGCAACUGGGAGAAGAGUUGAGUUCUGGUGACUAUCGGCUGAUCGUUGUGGACUCCAUCAUGGCGAAUUUCCGGGUCGACUACUGUGGACGUGGUGAGUUAAACGAAAGGCAACAAAAGUUGAACCAACAUCUUUUCAAAUUGAAUAGACUCGCUGAAGAGUUCAAUAUCGCCAUUUUUAUGACUAAUCAAGUCCAAUCCGAUCCAGGUGCCUCGGCGCUAUUCGCCUCAGCUGAUGGUAGGAAACCUGUGGGUGGCCAUGUGCUGGCACAUGCCUCAGCCACUAGAAUCCUGUUGAGAAAAGGUCGCGGUGAAGAAAGAGUUGCCAAGUUGCAAGACUCUCCAGAUAUGCCCGAAAGAGAAUGUGUGUAUGUCAUUGGUGAGAAAGGUAUCACUGACUCAGAUCAAUGA